CUUAAAAAAAAAAAGGUGAUAUUGCUGACGCAUAACAUGAUAUGAUCCAACCCAUAGAAUUAGGUGAAUCAUUCGCAUUUCACCUUCUUCCUCGUCAACAACAUUCAACACCAAUUUAAAACCCAUUCUUCCUCAACACUCAUCUCAUUCGUUCAAUUUACAAAAACAAAACCAACAAAGAGAAAAACAACAACAACCUUUGAAGAUGGUGGUGGGUGCUGUAAAAGCAGCAGUAGGAGACUUAGUAUUAACAUUCAUGUGGGUUUUUUGUUCAUCCAUGUUAGGUAUAGUUUCAAGUGCUAUAACCAAAGCCCUCGAUCUUCAAAACGUUUCAUACAAUGGUUUCCCUUACCCUUCUUUGAUUGUAACAACUACCCUUGUUUUUCUUCUUGUUUUCUUGUUUACCAUGAUUGGUAAUGCAAUGGGUGGUGCUAGCUUUAACCCUACUGGUACUGCUGCGUUUUACUCUGUUGGCCUUGGUUCUGAUACCCUUUUCUCUAUGGCUCUUCGUUUCCCUGCUCAGGCACUCGGUGCUGCGGGUGGUGCAAUGGCAAUUGCGGAGUUGAUUCAUCCGAAAUACAAACACAUGAUCAGGGGUCCUUCUUUGAAAGUGGACUUGCAUACCGGGGCUGCUGCUGAAUUGGUUUUGACAUUUGUGAUUACUUUUGCUGUUCUCUGCAUAUUCCUCAAGGGACCUCGUAAUGAUUUAAUGAAGAUUUGGUUGCUGGCCAUGUCAACUGUCACUUUGGUCAUGGUUGGCUCUGCUUACACUGGUCCAUCCAUGAACCCAGCCAAUGCCUUUGGUUGGGCAUACUUAAACAACUGGCACAACACAUGGGACCAAUUCUAUGUAUACUGGAUUUGCCCCUUCACUGGAGCAAUAUUGGCUGCUUGGCUAUUUAAAGCUAUCUUCCCCCCACCAGAAGUUAAACAGAAAAAAGCAUGAAGAAUCAAGUUGUCAAAUAUGUUUCAGCUCAUGAGGAAACAUGUUUCAUUAAGCAGUAUUAAAUUUGAAAUUGUUAGUGUUAAGUUAUUGGAUAAUGCAUAAGUGCAUAACCCAUAUAUUCAGUUUUUAUUUAGAAAAAUUCAAUAAAGAUUUUAAGUAGGUUGGAUA